AUGGGUAAUAAUGUUGAAAAAGAAUUGAAACAUAAUGAACGUAUACGUCAUCGUCAUCAUCAUCAAAGUGAACCAAGUCCAUUUUAUUGUGCAUGUCGUAAUGGUAAUGUAGAAACUGUUCGAACAAUGUUACGUACUAUUUCUUAUAAAGAUUUAAAUCGAUUAGAAUUAAAUGGUAAUGAUCCGCUUCAUGUAGCUUCAUUCUAUGGUCAUAAAGAAAUUGUUCGUCUUUUAUUACAUGAACGUGGUUGUGAUCGAUCACAACGAAAUCGUUAUGGUCAAACGGCUUAUGAAGUAGCAAAAAACGAUGAAAUUCGACAAUUAUUUCAUCGACCAUUAAAUAUUAAUCGAUUUUGUGAUAAUAAUCAACAAAGAAAUAAUAAUAAUCAACAAACAUUUUCUAUUGUUUCUUCUCAAUCAGAACAAACAGGAGAUAAUCAUGAUGAUGAACCAAUACCUUCGAAAUGGAUUAAACUUUAUCAAAACGACAAUGAAAUAUUUAAAGAAAUUCAUUAUCUUGGUAAAGGUAAACGUUUACUUCGAUCAAAAUUCGGACGAUAUAUUGUUGGUCAAGGUGCAAAAUAUCAAGGUGAUACAGAACUUAAUGAUUAUGAAAAUUUAAUUGGUUAUUUGACUGAUCGAUCAUAUCGUGUCAAUAAAAUUCGUAAAAUACUUGAUAAUGUAGUAUCAAAAGAACAUUAUCAAUAUGAUAGAUGUUGUGAUCUAUUAUCAAAAUAUUCUCAUGAUGGAAAUGUUGAAUCAUUAUUGACACUUUAUUCACUUGAAACACCAUUUUAUCAUGCAUUAAGUAAUGAUAUAGGUCCAUUAAAAUGGCCAUUAUUUUUAAAUCUUUCCAAUUUAAAACAUCGAUAUUUUCAAGGUCAAUGUUAUCGUGGUAUAAUAAUGACAAAUGAUGAUUUACAAUCAUAUUAUUCGGCAUUACAUAAUAAAGGAAGUUUUAUACGAACAAAUACAUUUUCAUCAACAUCAACUGAUCGUCAAGUAGCAGAAAGUUUUCAUCAAAUAUCAUUAUCAUCUAACAAUAAUAUAAGUAUAUUAAUGCAUUAUCAUUUUCCUCAACCAUGUGAUCAAGCAAUUUAUUUAGGAUCUAUUAAUAAAUCUCACUUAUCAUGUGUAUCAGAAUAUGAAAAUGAAUCUGAAGUUUUAAUAUUACCUCGAACAUUGUUUAUUGUUAUUAAUAUUUAUGAUGUUACGACAACCGAUGAAGAACAACAACAACAAAGAGAAUAUACAGUAAUUCAUUUAGAAAAUGUUUUACAUGCUAAAGAAUCAUUAGUGAGUUCAUUAAAAUUUCUUGUAUCAAAAACAGAACAAAAUGAAAUGGCACUUUAUUAUAAUUCUAUUACACAAGCAGAAGAAGGAAAUAAUACUAGUAAAACGAUCGAGAUUUAA